AUGUCCAGUUUUGUCGAGAAACUCCGAGCUCGCACCGUGCGAUGGCUGGAGGACAACCGAGGGCUGGUGAUUGUUGUGUUCUGUUUGCCGGCUAGUUUUGUAAGUUUAUUGCGAAUUUUACUUCUCAAAAAAAAUUUUUUUUUGUCAUCAUGAAGCUGCCAGAUUUUCUCCUAUUAUUUAAUAGAACUUUUAGUGGUCAAAAUCUGAUAAUUUUUUCAGCUCUUCGAUUUGGGGAUGCAGAUUCGUUGCUGGAUCCAACGAACCUUUUUCUCAGCUCCUCAAGACCAUUUGAAGCGCGUCCGAAAGAUCCAAGAGGCCGUUCGAAAAUGGAACGAGCAGCCGGUCAGCGAGCGGAGACCAAUGUGCACCGCCAAGCCCACUUGGCUCAGUCUAUCGACCACAUUUUUCAGAAAAGUAAGCAAAAAUAGAGCGAAAUUAUCGUUUCUUUACUCGAAAAAUGCAUGAUCCAACUUUCAGGACAAAUGCCAUCAAAUCCCAAUCCCAUUGUACGACAUUUUGGAGCUGAAUGAGGAGAAAAUGACAAUCAAAGUGGAGCCAAAUGUCACAGUGAGAGACUUGACCCGGUAUUUGACCCCUAAAGGAUAUACUUUGGCCGUUACGCUGGAAAUUGGAGAUGCUACUGCUGGUGGAUUGGCUUUUGGAGUCGGCAUGACCACCUAUUCUCACAAGGUAAGCUGAUUAUGGGGGUUUGUGACCGAGAGAAAGACUUGACUCAAGAAAUUUAAUUCGAGUCAAGUCUUCCGUCGGAACAAAGAAAAAUUUUUAAAAGUGUUUGACAACCUUUUACCAACCCCAAUUUUUCAUUGAGAGAAAGACUUGACUCAAAAAGACAAGAAAUUCCAUUUUUGAGUCAAGUCUUUCUCUCGGUAAAAAAAACUUCAUUUUUUAUGGUAAAUUCAAUUCGAAUUCCUUCAGGCCGGUCUAUACCAAGAAACAGUGGUUUCAUACGACGUUGUAACCGCCGAUGGUGAGCUAAUUCACGUAACAAAAGACGAGCACUCGGAUCUUUUUUAUACCCUCCCUUGGUCUCACGGAACCCUUGGAUUUUUGGUCGCUUUGGAGGUUCAAAUCAUCAGAAUCAAGCCCUACGUGCAUAUGCAAUACAUUCCAGUAAGCUUAGACAUAAAUAUUCGAAGAUUUUUUUAAAUAAUUUUGAGUCCCACCACGAAAACUUGGAAUUAUUUGGCAUUCUGUUUCAAGCUAAUUUUAUGACAAAUUAUAGGUCCACAGUCAAGAUGAGUACUGUAAGAAGAUGAUGGAGCUGUCUGGGGCCAACAAUAAGGACGCUAAAGUUCCCGACUAUUUGGAGGCGACAAUUUAUACGAAAGAUGACGCAGUAAUUAUGGUCGGAAAUUUCGAUGAUGCAGAUACCCCGGAAAAGAAAAGAAAGGUGAAUGGAAAUUUUUCUGAGCUUAUAAAUCUAUGGCUUAUUUUAGAUUAACGCAGUAACCACCUGGUACAAGCCCUGGUUCUACAAACAUACAGAGGAAUUUUUGAACAAACAAGGCGAAGAAUACAUCCCAAUCCAAGACUAUUUACUGCGCCAUAACCGAGCUAUCUUCUGGGUUCUCGAAUCGAUGAUUCCGUUUGGAAAUCACCCGGUUUUCAGGUAAAAACUGAGAUUUUUUUGUCUAGUACAAUAUAAAAUUUUUGACUUUUUUGUCAUAAAAAGUCAUUGUUUGCCCUAAAUCUAUUUAAACUCGUAUUUUAGGUUCUUCCUAGGUUGGAUGUGCCCUCCUAAACCAGCUUUCCUCAAAUUUACCACCACCAAAGUUGUUCGAGAGAUGACUUUUGCCAAACAGGUAGCAAAAACAAUAAAAUUCAAACAUCUUUUAAACUCUCCAGGUCUUCCAAGACAUCGUAAUGCCUCUAUCAACGCUCAAGGAGCAAGUGAACACUGCCAUUGACCUUUUUGACACCUAUCCUUUGCUCGUUUAUCCAUGCCGAAUCUACGAUCAUCAGCGUGGUCCACAAGGUCAAGUUCGAUCGCCGCCCGAGAAAUUGAAGACCCCAGGGACUAACUGGGCCAUGUUCAAUGACUUGGGAGUUUAUGGGACACCGGGGCCAGUGAAACGACGAGAACAUUACAAUCCAACUACCGCAAUGAGAGCCAUGGAGAAGUUCACUCGUGAUGUUGGAGGGUACUCCUUCCUGUAUGCGGACAUUUUCAUGACCGAAGAGGAGUUUGAGACCAUGUUCGACCUUACGCUUUAUCGACAGGUGCGUUUUGAGGUUGAAAGGAACACUUGACCCAAAGAGGAAAUUUUGGGUCAAGUGUUUCUCUCGGCAUAUUUGUGCCGGAUCUGAUCUAGUGGCAAAAAACGUACCAUUUUGCAUCCGAGAAGUAUCAAAAAAGUUCCAAAAUACCUCCCUCUCCAAGUGAAAAAACUCCAAUUUCCCUUCAACACGGAGUUUUUUCAGUUGGAGAGGGAGGCAUUUUGCCACAUUUUUUGAUACUUCCCGGAUGCAAAAUGGUAGAUUUUUUGCCACUGGUUCCGGCACUGUAUUUUACACUCUCUUAUGUUACAAUUUACCUUCAGGUUCGCGAGAAAUACCACUGCAACGGCGCUUUUCCCACUUUAUACGACAAGGUUAAGCCAGAAAUUGAUGUAAUUGCUAUUGGAAACGAGUAUGGGAAGCAGUAA